UGAUUUGAGUUUUUAUCCCGUUUCAGAAAAAAGAACAGCGGAAAAAAAAUCCAAUUCUUACAUCGAAAAUACAUGGAACUGAAUUGAUAAUCUUAUUGGUUGUUCAUAUUUGCUGGGUCGGCAGCAGAGUUAAGAGUAGUAGCUGAAGCUGAGGCCGAGGCAAUUGAUGAAUGCGAGUGACUGAAUUUGAGAGAGAAAGCACGCGAUUAUGGGGUUGGAAUCGCUUGGUGAUUUGGCGAUUCAUGUCAUUCUCAAGAAGCUGCCUCCCAAAGACGCUGGAAGGGUUUCCUGCGUCAGCAAAAGGCUUCGUUCUUCUGCCUCCGAUGACCUAAUUUGGAUCAAUUUCUGUCGCAACGAUCUCUCUCUCUGUCACCCUCUUGAUCCUCUCGGAAACCCUCUCCCUUCCUUCAAGGAAGCUUAUCAAUCAUGGCGUCAAGCUUUUGGGAAGUAUCCUUGGUCACUUGUUAAGCGUGUGAAGAGGUGCUGGGACAGAAUAGAGGCUUGGCUGAACGAUAAUUUUCCCGAAGCUAAGGCGACUCUUUGUAAGGGUGCAACAGAAGAAGAGAUUCUAGAGUUGGAGAGUGCCUUAAAAGUGAAGCUGCCACUUCCUACUAGGAUUCUGUAUCGCUUUCAUAAUGGUCAAGAAGUUGAAAAGGCAAAUCUAGUAACUCAUACAUUUGGCAGUUCUUUGGGCAUAAUUGGUGGUUACUCAUUCUAUAGUCAUUAUGUGAACGUGUACCUGUUACCAAUACGUCAGGUAAUACGAGAUACUCUGCAAGUUACGCGUAAAUUAGGCUUCUUCAGGAGAUCCAAGUAUGUUCUUGUGGCUGCUUCGACCACUUACAGUGAAAAGUUGUUUUUCCUCAAUUGCACCAAUGGUCAACUAUAUGUUGGAACCAGAAAUCUUCUUACAGAAGGGGAAAUGAUCCCUUGUGUACCCCAUGAGCUGAUUAAGUUAGGUCAUGGGUUGAAUAGUGAAGAGCAACAGGAUGCCAUGCUACUUUGGUUAGAAGAACAUGGUCGCCGUUUACAGAAUGGAUUUGUCAAACUGCAUGAAGAAGAAAAUGUCAGAGCCAUUAAUCUUUUCCCUGAAGAACCUCCUCUUUGUUCUACAGCUAUAACCAAUGGUGUGAAGGUCCGCGCCUCUGCUCUGCUUAUCCCUGAGUUGUCAGAUCUUCAAGACGAUGUUGAAAAAUUCUUAUUUGCCUAUUCAAUCCGUAUGUCCCUUGAACCUCAAGGAUGCAUCAUUAAUGGGGUAUCCUUCGACUCUUGCCAGCUUCAUUGGAGGCACUGGAUAAUUCGUGCUGAUGAUAUGGUAGUAUCUGAUGUUAAUGGUGAAGCUGUUAUUGGGAAGUUCCCACUUUUGUGUCCAGGUGAUAAAGAAUUUGUUUAUCAGAGUUGCACACAUAUACCAACAUCAUCAGGUUCUGUUGAAGGUUCUUUUACAUUUGUACCUGGCAGAUUGGCAGAACCAAAAGGAGACCCUUUUCUAGUUACAGUGGCAAGCUUCCCACUUAAGCUGCCAGAUUAUGUAUUCUGAUUGUCAUUCUGAAUUGGUUAAAUUUAUCUAAUGGCCAUUUUCAGCUAUGGAAUAUACUUUGGGUGUAUAAAGUUACUUUUAGUGUGAAUUUGUUUGGUGGGGUUGUAACAAUUUUACUAGUUAUCCUUGCA